UUCUCCUGUUUGGUCUUGGCUUUAAGCCCUCCAAUUAAAAUGGAGCGCCAUUUUUUCUUUUCUGCCUGCGCUUUGCUUCUUCUGGCUGCUUCAACAGCUUCACCUGCUAGAGUAGUAGAGCAUAAAUUCUAUGUGCAAAAUUUGACUGUUAAUAAGCUAUGCAACACCCAAAUAAUUACUGCAGUCAAUGGUAGGCUCCCCGGCCCAACAAUUCGUGUUCAAGAGGGCGACACGUUACUUGUUCAUGUCUUCAAUAAGUCACCUUAUAAUUUGUCUAUUCACUGGCAUGGAGUGUUUCAAAGACUGAGUGGGUGGGCAGACGGACCCAGCAUGAUCACUCAAUGUCCAAUUCGACCUGGAUGUAAAUACAUAUAUAAAUUCACAAUCAUUGACCAAGAGGGAACCCUUUGGUGGCAUGCUCACGUCUCAUUUCUCCGUGCCACCGUCUACGGUGCACUCAUCAUACGCCCCAGAGGUGGCCACUCUUAUCCAUUCCCUAUGCCCUACAAGGAAGUUCCCAUCCUUUUAGGUGAGUGGUGGAACACUAAUGUCUUUGAUGUGGAGAAGCUGGCAGUGGCUACGGGCGCUGCCCCAAACCUUUCCAUUGCUUAUACAAUAAAUGGAUGGCCCGGUGAUCUUUACCCAUGCUCUGAAAAUCAAAUGUACAAGCUUAAGUUGUUGCAAGGGAGGACCUAUCUCUUACGUAUCAUCAAUGCUGCACUCAAUCACGAGCUCUUUUUCAAGAUAGCCAAUCAUAAGUUGACGGUUGUCAGCAUUGACGCCCGCUACACUCAGCCUUAUGUCACCAACGUCGUGGUAACUGCCCCUGGACAGACGGUCGACGUUUUGCUAACUGCGGAUCAGCCGGUCGGGUCAUAUUACAUGGCCGCUACAGCAUACGCAAGCGCUGAUGGUGUACUAUUUGAUAAUACUACCACAAGGGGUGUCCUCGCCUAUGAUGGUGCUCCGUCGUCGACAACGCCUCUAAUGCCAGUCCUUCCGGAUUUUAAUGACACUCUCACGGCGCACAAGUUUUACAGCAACCUUACUGGGUUGGUUGGUGGGCCUCACUGGGAGCCGGUCCCGCUUAAAGUUGAUCAUGAGAUGUUGGUGACCAUUGGGUUGGGGCUGGAGCCCUGUCCGGCAAACACAAGUUGCAAGGGUCCAAAACUCUCGGCCAGCAUGAACAAUGUAUCCUUCGUGAGACCUACCAGCUUGUCCAUGUUGCAAGCCUUUUUCUUCAACGUCAAUGGAGUUUACACCACUGAUUUCCCUGCUAAGCCCACCAUUGAAUUUGACUACACCAACGCUAGCAUUAACAACAACAUUCCGAUGCUGUUUGCCCCCAAAGGAACCAAGGUGACAAAGGUUAAGUUCAACUCAACUGUGGAGAUAAUCUUUCAGAACACAGCUAUCCUUGGUGUAGAGAAUCAUCCCAUGCACCUCCAUGGCUUUGACUUCCAUGUAUUGGCUCAAGGGUUUGGAAACUAUAACCCUGCCACUGAUAGAAAGAAGCACAAUUUUAUUAACCCACAAAUGCGCAACACAAUUGCUGUGCCAGCAGGUGGAUGGGCCGUAACCAGGUUUACAGCUAAUAAUCCAGGUGUAUGGGUACUGCAUUGCCACCUCGACAUGCACCUCCCAUUGGGCCUUGCCACUGCCUUCGUGGUUGAGAACGGCCCAACGCCGGAAACAACCUUGCCUCCACCUCCGGUGGAUCUACCACAGUGCUAGAGAUAAUCUAUUAUUUGACGACGAAAAACGUUGAAGUGUUUCUUUCUAUGACGCACUACAUUUUUUCUUCCUUUAAUUUGGGUUUUCUUUUAACAAGGUUGAAAUUAUUCUUUCUGUUAUUGUUGUUUUUGGGCUUCACUCUCAAUGUUUUGAAUGCAAGAUAUUGUCGACGUAAUAA